AUUUCCAGGUGAUAGGAUAUAUUAAUGCAAGAUGACGGGCAAAUAAGCACACAAAAAGGACGGAGUGUGAAAUGGUUACUGGGAUGGAGGGGUCGAAGUUGGUACGGAAUGACACAGAUUCUUCCAUAUUUAUAUUUGGGUAGUAUAUGUGAUGCGAAUGACGUAGAACAAUUGAGGGAGAAACAGAUCGAUCACGUGGUGUCGUUACAUGAGUUGAGCGGACGUACUGGAAGCAUUUUAAACGAACUCAAUAUUUUACGCAUACAUAUGGCGGAUAUGCCUGAAGCAAAUAUUAGCGAACAUUUCGCGGAAACCGCUACAUUUAUCCAUCGUGCACGCCUAUUGAAAAAAUCGGUACUCGUACACUGCAUUGCCGGAGUGAGCCGUAGUGUAUGUAUUGUUGCAGCUUAUCUUAUUGCUGCAUGUGAUAUGAGUUAUGCUGCUUCUCUAGCAUAUAUCGUCAGUAAGCGACCCUGUGCCAAUCCAAAUUUCGGAUUUCGCAUGCAACUUGCAAAAUACGCGGGAAAAAGGAGUUCCUUAGAUGGAAUAAUGAUGAGAAGCCAGUUUGGUAGUGAAGCAUUUGAUGAACUGAAGGCAAAUGAUAAAAUGCUACUGUGUGACUUUUCUGCAGCCUCACCAUUAGAUACUCCAGAUGAAUUAACUGUAUACGAGGACAAUAAACCUCCUUCUCCUAAUACCUCCAUAAAAAAAGGGUGUGUCGAAUAUGAGAAAUGUCAAAAUAAUCCAGCGAAUAGGUCGAUUCUUAACGAUGCUGAUAUUAACUUCAUUGAUCAGUAGCACAUCUGUUAUUCAUUAUCAGUUUCUUGUAUGUUUGGUUCAUUUUCCCACACUUCCAGAUACAUCCAUUAUCUAAAAAUCCGAUAUCAUCAACUCAUUAAGAUAUAACGGUGCUAAUGAUUGUAGUUAGUGUCGAAGUACGAUAUAGAUAACACACAGAAAUUCUCAGCAAGUCGAGAAAAUACACGUCCACUAACGAUAACUACCCUAAUAAGCCGGUGAUACCUAGGUAAUCUUUUCUACCGAUAAUCUUUUAAUUCUCAGAUUUGUGGAAAGAUACCUGCGACAGAGGGAGUUUUUCAGAGAAAUCAGUGCUGUUUUUAUGGAAAUAUUAUUUGUUAACUGUUAGAAAAUCCAUUGCACUGAGUCAGUAGGCGCUAUUUAUAGUUGUGGAACCUCAGUUAGAUUGGCAUGUUUGUAUUGCAUGGAUUGCAUUUUUCAAUAUUUUUAAUUAUCUGUCUUAGAAGAAUGCUGGUUCAAGUUUGAAACAAGUGCUCUCCAAAAGGCAUUAUAGUUUUUGAGUAGUUGUAAUGUGAAGACAAAUUCGUUAAACUACUGGUGCUAAUUG